GCGGGUGGUACGGUCGGUAUCUUAUCGCAACGCGAAUGGGCCGGGGGAUUUUUUUUUGGCGCUCAUUCUUUCGCAGGCGUCAUCCAGACUCGGCCAUAGCAUUUACUCGCCAAUCGCGUGAACAAUGCUCUCCUGGAGUCUGAGAGGCACUCGUGGCGUCCGCACACGCUCUGUGUGCUCCUCAUGUUGCGCUCAUGUCGCUCGCAGCACAGGCGCCCACGGUCCAAGGGCGCCGGUAACGCGAACCUACGCGACCACCAAGAAGAAGAAGCCCGCAGCUCCACCCGCCGAGUCUGCGGUGGAUGCGAAUCCUCCUGACGCCACGGGCAAGACAAAUCCAGCACAGGCUUCUCAGCCAGACCAGUCGGAACCUCCCAAAUCGCGGAUGGUCAAGCCCAAAGAAGAGAACGACAAACCAGCUCCCCGCAAAAAGAAGCCAGCGCCGAGUGCGGCUAAGGCCAGCAAGGGCCCAACUGCGCCAGCUCCCGACAACUCAGGGGAACCUGACGAGACAGCCAAGCUGUGGAAGGAAACCCUCGAUAUCCUGAAAACCCUUCAGAAACCACAAGGUGCUGCCUCAGCAGCACCGGCGCAGGCGACAUCCGAUGGAGACGGCGGUAAGAAGAAUGCCAGCAAGAAGAAUGCCAGUAAGAAAGAUGGUGGCAAUAAGGACGGCGGCAAGAAGGAUGGCGAAGAUACGAAAAGAUCCCUGAAGUCGCAAUUUCCGCCAUUACAAAGUGCCCAGGCCAACAAGGCCAGAGAGAGACAAGCCAAGCUGCUGGAAGGGACACUUGAUAUCCUUAAGAGCGUGUUGGCAACCCAAGCGGAUCAAAGAAAUGAGUCCAGCAAGACGGCCAAGGUAGCAAAGACACCAGGUCCCACGGCAAAAACGGCAAAACCCGAGCGCAAACAGCCAGUUAAUAAAAGUGGGAAAGAGGGUGCCAAGGUACCGUCGGGGAACAAGCUAAAGUCUCGUGAGGCUUCUGUGGCGCAAGGCUUCGCUGCCUUAUUACAAGAGGAGAAGGCGAAGCAGGCAGCUGCGCGCGCAGCGGGCCCCAAGGAUAACAAAGUGGAAAAGGCUCCGCCGGCGCCCCCAAUACCGGAGAAAGAUGACCCUGCAGGCGCAGGCAAUGACGGCACCAUGGGCUGGGGUCUUUCGAAGACGAAGAGGAAGAUUUCAAAGGUGGCGACCAAGAAUUCAGGACUCAAGCCUGUCCACGUCGACACGGCUCCAGUGCCUCGCGUGGAAUACGGACUCGACCGUGUUCUGUUCAACGAAGGCGUCUAUGUUCUGCAGGACCCUCGCACGAGGGUGUUCAAUUUUGACCCCUACCUGGCGACCAUCAUGCCCGUAAACGAGUUCGACUUCGACGCGUUGAAGCAAUACGUUACCUCUUCGAAAGACACAACGCUGAUUGAGGUAGCCAAGAAGCACAACAAGAAGUUCACGGGAUCAACGUCUAGCAUGACGUCGACAUUAGCGCACUUCCACUACCUGCUCUCCUCAUGGAGGCCAAUCAACCCUGAGCGCAUCUCCAAAGGCUACGAGCCCGACAGUGACAACUUUGGCGCCAUCCUGAGGGCACCGGCGGCGACCUUCUUGCAUUACAAAGACGGCACCUACGCCAUAGAUGCGGACAAGGAGUACGACUCGGACACCAUCCUCAGCAUGCUCGGGAAAUCCAUGGAGAAGCUCCUCACCGCCCCAAGGAAGGAGUACGAGAAGUACCACCGAUCCAAUUCGCACCAGCUCACCGAGGAGGAACGAAAUGCGGAUGAAUCGUACCACUACACGACUUUCGGUGAUUUCAUGAUGCGAUCGCAGUUGGACGCGUACGAUCCUCGGCUUCCCGGAACCGGUGUUUUUGACCUGAAGACAAGGGCCGUUGUUUCCAUUCGCAUGGAUGCCAGAAACCAUGAGAGGGGUACCGGAUACGAACUUCGACAGCGUCAGGGACAAUGGGAAUCUUUUGAACGGGAAUACUAUGACAUGAUCCGCCUCGCAUUCCUCAAGUACUCCUUGCAGGUUCGGAUGGGACGCAUGGAUGGUAUAUUUGUUGCGUACCACAACACCGAACGUAUAUUUGGCUUCCAGUACAUCCCUCUGGAAGAGAUGGAUCUAUCUAUUCAUGGCACUACAGAUCUGACGACGGGCAAUCGCGAGUUCAUGGCGAGUCUUGAACUGUGGGAGGAGCUGCUGAAGAAGGCGACUGAGAGAUUUCCCGAGAAAUCGCUCAGGAUUCACGUGGAGACGAGGACGUCCAAUGUCGUCCCGUUCAUGUAUUUCUUCGCCGAGCCCGUCAGCGACGACGAGAUCAAGGCGAUUCAGGAAAAGAACAAGGAGGAAGGCGAAAAGUUUCAGGAAAGAGUGCUCGGUAUUCGGCCCAAGCCUGAAGCAACCGCAGAAGCGGCGAGAGCUGAGCUAGACGAGGCUGAGGAAGCUUCGACUGUGGACAUUAGUGCAGCCGAGGAUGAAGCAGAGCCCGGAGAUAUGGCCGUCGAACCAGCGAGGGAAGCGGAAGAGGAUGCCCAAGAAAUUGACGAGGAGGACAGCGAGGAUGUGUGGGAGGAUAUGAUGGAUGUUGUCGAGCAGACCAUGGAGAACGACGCCCAGGGUAUCUCGGCGAUCCGCGAUGCUAUCGAGGACGCCCUCCAGCAGAGCGGACUCCUGCAUGCAAGGUCCUCCGAGGAGGCCGACCAAUACGUGGAAGCACUUUUGAAGGCGAUCGUCGAUGUCGAUGCCGAAAAGGCAAAGUCCGACAACGAAACUGCGACCGAGGUGCCUCAGAGCGAGAGCGAGACCCCUGAAGAGCAGCAGCAAGCCCAACACGUGCGCCCCACUGAGGAAACCGACACUGUCCAGCCUGCCGAUGGCAGCCCACCGGCGCCGCAAACCUCUCGUUUCAAUUUCCUUUCCGGCUGGUUUGGGUCCGGCCCCAAGGAUGCUGACACAGCGGCCAAGAAAGAACAGACGAUGUCCGAGAUGGAACAAGAUCAGAAUACCAAUGCCUCGUCCGAGAAAGAACCUGCACCCGAGGCCGCUGCUACAGAGGCAGACGGCCUGGAGGGCAAGUCCACAGAUGAGAGAUCAGACGAGAGUCUGAAGGACCUCCUGAUCAAGCUGACCACGCGCGUCGGGUCUUCUAGCGACGCGCAGAAAGCAACGGAAGAGCUGUCCGAGGACCAAGCGAAACUCCGUAACUUCGAGAGUAUCCUGCUGGACAUGAUGCCCAAGACACAAGAGACGCCCGCAGAAGCAGCAGUGGAAGAGAAGGAAUCAGCGAGCGGCGACGAGGAUAAGAGGUCACCCGAAGACACGCCGGCGGCGGGCGGCAGCGGGGGGGAAGCGGAGCCCACGACCAAACCGCUGCUGGGCCUGGUCCUCACCAUCCGCAACAAAGUUAACGGCAAGUAUGUGCAGCGGCCAGAGAAGUUGGUCAAGGGAGAAAAAUGGCAUGUGGAGUACACGAUCGACGAGGUGCCCGAAACUAGGGCGCAGAAUCUUUAUGCGUCGGUCAAGACGCGGCGGCACAAGGCCCAUUACAAGGAACCCGGCAGGGACGCCUUCAAAUCGGCCUUCGACGGCUUGCUCAAGCACUACACCCGUGCUGGGAGGCAGUUCAGGAAGCAGGAGACGGAGAUGACACGGGACCUGCCGGUUUUCGUUGUAGGGCAGGACCCGGGGUAUGUGACCAAGACCUGGCAGGCGAGACGGCACACCACACAGUUGGAGGCGAAGGGGAAGACGCCGUUCAGGCCGGUCACCGAGUUCAUCCCUCCCCAACCCGAAAGCCAAAAGGAAGUUGAGGCCAGGGUUAAAGAAUACAAUGCCUUGAAAGCAACCAGGAGAGAAGCGAGUUUCCGCCAGUUUGUUACCAAGAAGCUGUCUCUGAAAGAUGACGAAACUGGCAAGACGGCGAAGGAGGGGGAGACGUCGGGGGUGGGAGAGGUGACGAAGGAUGGCUCGAGCUCGUUCCGGGAGUGGAGGGAGAAGAACCAGCCAGCACAGGACAAAGACAAGGAGCAGGAGCAGGAGAAGGAGAAGGAGAGAAAGAACGACUCGUGACCGCAAGGGAAGGGGUACGGGGGCUGUGCAUGUUUGUUGUAUCACCACCACCCAGCGUAUGUGUGUAUAUAUAGCCCGGUAGGCGGAUAGGGGCUCAUUUAUUGCCUAGCAUAA